GAACUGUAUGAAAGUGACGGCGUUAAUUUGUUAACGCUCCCAGUAGUUGUUUAAUUCAUCUCGAGUCUUUAGCUUUAGCUUUAUCGAACGUUUUGUGCGUUGUGGAAAAGUGCCCAACACAGUUUCGUGCGAAAGUUUCUCCGAUAUCGCCUCUGCUUCCGUUUUACCAUCACGAGAUAAUUGCGCACGGGUAGCCGCUGGCAAGAAUAGCGGCCAGAAGCAGUAGUUCAUUCCGUUUAGCAACGUGAAAGCGUGUAGUGUGAUCGUUCGUCGUCCUCGAGAUGUGAAUUCCGCGCGCGCGUGCGACAAAAUACUAACGACAACAACCAGAACUGCCUUGGAUUGCUACUCCAAGAGUAGAUAUUGUGACGAAGAAACUAGUGAAGUACCACUGCUGCUGUAACAGAGUAUAUCUCGAGGUGAGCUGACCAACAUCGUCUUUAGUUAGCAGCGAGCGUCGUCGCUUCAGCGUAAGAGUGCGGGGAUCGGCAGCAGAAACCAGGAGCUAUCCACGAGCUCCUGCUUUAGUUGAUCUACGAUACAAAAGGAACACACACACACACGCACACGCGCGCGCGCCCGCGCUCCACAUUUACAAACGGAUACAGGGACUGAAAUUUACAAACGGAUACAGGGGGAAACGUAUACAGGAAUCGAUGGCAACGGAGAAGAAGCGGAGUGGCAGCCGCUGCAACUAUCACCUCCAACCAUCGGCGUUGGUGCUGCUAGCUGUCGCUAGUGCGCUGUUGUAUCUGCAACCGACCGCGGUGCUUGCUGCCGCCUGUCAGCCGCGCCAGACCCGGUGGGAUGCGGUGGCGGGUGGUUGCGUGCCGUGCCAGGUAUGCGCUAACCACGAGAUCGUGCUGCGACCGUGCCAGGACUACAUGGACACGGUUUGCGGCACGAUGAAGGAUCUGGCCGCCAGCAACCGGCAUCUCCGCUCGCACCUUCCACCGCUGCCCGAUCUGCCGCCCUCGUCGUCGCCAGAGCAGGACGGCUCCGACGUCAGCUCCGACGGUGUACGGGCCGUGCAUGGAAGCAACCACCACUGGAAGCAGGAACGGCAGAAAGAGAACGGCGUGCAGCUGCACCGGAAGCGCACCGACACCGAGGAGAUCCUGUGGGACUGGCAGAUCGCCUCGCUGCUGCUGGCCGUCAUCGGCUGUCUGCUGUUCCUGCUGGCGGCGGCCUGCGUCGCCCUCAACCAGAGCCGCCAGUGGCGCCGCAUCGAGAAGCACUUUGAUGCAGACAUGGAGGCACUAUCGGUGCAGUUGGUAAGCCACUUAGCGAGCAUGCAGCACCUGGAAAGUGGCCCGAUCAUGCUGGAGAACUUCGACAACAAACGGCUCCGCCCGGCCAGCCAACCGAUCGAGGUGCGCUGCGUGUAUCUGGAUCAGUUGCUCGACGAACACUGUUGCCAAAAAGUGUGCGAUCGGCCGCUACUACGGAGCCCGCCAGCUUGCGGCGCUGGCAGCAAUGGCAGCAGCAACGGCAACGUAUACAUCGAGGAUUCGAUCGAUCCGCCAGUAAAAUCGCCGACCCAGCCGACCCUACCGACCCUGACGGUCGCAUUGCCUCUAUCAUCGUCGCCAUCGGCAUCGCCUCCUGCACCAGCAUCGCCGGCCUCCUCGCUCCCGGCACGGUUCUACUGAGACCACUGUUAGGACCGAGUUGAGCAGAAAGGCGAAACGUAACGUGUACGUAAAACCAGCAGCAACAGCGGCAGUACUUCGAAACCGACAUUCGGUGUUCGAAUCCUUGUUGAAUCCUGUCAAGAAGGUCGGUAAUGGUUGGUGGCGGAAAAGUGGGAGGCGUUUUUGUAGGCGCUAGGGCGUCGGCAGCUGCUUCCCUUGAAAAGUGCGCACAAAAGGCAAACAGCAGCCGCCAACGUUAUUUGUACAGAAUUUGUUUAAGCCCAUAAAGAAGGAGAAUGACAAGAGAGAGCGAGAGAGAGAGAGAGAGAAGAAGAAGAAGAAGAGAAAGAGAAAGAGAGAGAUUCUCAAAACGAAUGAUGCCCUAAGCGCUCGCCCCGCCCUGCAAUUAAUUAGGAAGAGUUGUCUAAGUAAGUAAGUGAAACGGCAUGCAUUGUUAGCAUGAGCUUUAUUAUGUAUAUGUGUAUGUGUGUAGCUACUCGAGUGCCUUCACUCACUUGUCGAAUUCGAAUUCUAUUGUGUAUGAACUGUGUAAAUACUAACCAAGUGGACAAAGUGGAGGCGAAAGAACGAAUGCAACCAAAACAGGUGGAACGCAAACAAACAACAGGCUGACAGGCUGACAGGUGAAAGCAGGGGUCAGACUUUGAGAGGUAGGAAUGUAGGAAAACAAAAUGUCGAAAUACAGAAUAAGCGAAACGAUACUAAUCCAGUCCACGCACUAAAGACAAAGCGCAAAACCGAAACAGAAUGGGAGAGAAAUAAUUGUUUUAACAGCAAAAAAUGAAUUCGAACGUGCAACCGGAAGAUCAGAGAAUGAUAACCCAAACCGAAAAUGAGUAGGAAGCGAAAGGAAAAUCAGAAACUUGAGACGAAGAAGAAGAAGAAGAAGAAGAAGAAGAAGUUAAAAAGAAAAAAAGAGAGGAUACAAUGAAACAGAACUAGAGGCGAAGAAUAUAGUCGAUAAGGUAAGGUUCAUUGCUGUCGAAUGUUUGCACUGUAAAAAAAAACAGCGAGGCAAUCUAGACGCAUACAAAUGAAAUGAGUGUUUGCAUAAUAAUUCUCUCCUACACAAUACCCCGCC